CAAUUAUUAUUCCAUUUUUUUGUUUCCAUCACCCAUCCCCCAUCCCCCAUCACAACAAGGUUUUCAUCCAUUUCAUAUGCGAUGCUUGUUCUUAUUCAUACGAUCUCCAUGCAGAUGCGCUUCCUUAUCGAUUGAUUCCGUGCCCUAACUUGUAUUAUUCGCCAUGUUCGAAGCACACGUAUUGCAUUUGCUCCGAAGAUAUUUGGGUGAAUAUGUCCAUGGACUUUCAUCAGAGGCCUUAAGAAUCAGUGUCUGGCAAGGUGAUGUGGUUCUCAAAGACUUGAAAUUAAAGUCAGAGGCACUCAAUUCAUUAAAACUUCCGGUUACCGUAAAGGCUGGUUUUGUUGGUACCAUAACAUUGAAGGUUCCUUGGAAAAGUCUUGGCAAAGAGCCUGUGAUAGUCCUUAUAGACCGUGUGUUCAUUCUUGCUCAUCCUGCUUCUGAUGGAAGGUCUCUUACGCAUGAAGAGCGUGAAAAGCUUUUUGAAGCGAAACUUCAACAGAUUGAGGAAGCUGAGUCAGCCACUCUUGAUGCAAUAUCAAAAUCAAAGCUUGGAAAUUCAGCUGCCGGAAAUUCAUGGUUGGGUUCUUUGAUUGGUACAAUAAUUGGAAAUCUUAAGAUCUCGAUUGGAAAUGUCCAUGUCAGAUAUGAGGAUUCUGUUAGAAGAACAUUUUUAUGUUUCAGCAAUCCAGGACAUCCUUUUGCUGUUGGUAUUACUCUGGCAAAACUUGCUGCCUUUACAGUGGACGAGAAAGGGAAUGAAACAUUUGACACCAGCGGUGCUCUCGAUAAAUUGCGAAAGUCAUUGCAACUUGAAAGGCUUGCUAUGUAUCAUGAUUCCAACCGACCUCCUUGGAACAUGAAUAAGAAAUGGGAAGACCUGAGUCCUAAGGAUUGGGUUGAGAUAUUUGAAGAUGGAAUAAAUGAACCUGCCAAUAGUAAUGCAGUUUCUGCAUGGGCUCGAGAUCGUAACUACCUAGUUUCACCAAUCAAUGGUGUUCUUAAGUAUCACCGUUUAGGGAAUCUGGAGAGAACUGAUCCAGAAAUGCCUUUCGAGGAGGCCCGUCUUAUCCUUGGUGACGUUUCUUUGACACUCACAGAGGCUCAGUAUCAUGACUGGAUUCGACUCCUUGAGGUCAUAUCAAGAUAUAAAUCAUAUGUUGAAGUGUCCCAUUUAAGGCCUGUGGUGUCGGUUAGCGAGGGUCCUAAAGUGUGGUGGCAUUAUGCUGCUCAAGCUGCAUUGCAGCAGAAGAAAAUGUGCUAUAGGUUAUCUUGGGCCCAAGUUCAGCACUUCUGUCAUCUUCGUAGGAGAUAUAUCCAGCUGUAUGCUAGCUCAUUGCAAGAGUUAUCAGAUUCUGAUGACUCAGAAAUUAGAAGUAUUGAGAGAGAUCUUGAUCCAAAAAUUAUUCUUUUAUGGAGGUUCCUUGCACAUGCAAAAGUUGAGUCUGUAAAAUCAAAGGAAGAAGCCGAGCAGAGGAUGCUUAAAAAGAAUAGUUGGUUUUCAUUUGGAUGGCGUUCUGCUUCAGCUGAUGCUCCUGAGGGAUCUCAAACUGUUGAAGAUGGAUUGAGCAAAGAAGAAUGGCAGGCAAUCAAUAAUUUAUUGAGUUUCCAACCAGAUGAGGACUCGACAUCACAGUCGGGAAAAGAUAUGCAAAAUAUGACACAGCGUAUGGUAAUUGUAUCCAUUGGUCAGGCUGCUGCGAGGAUUAUCAAUGUAAAUGAAAUUGAAAUCGGAUGUGGUAGAUUUGAACAACUUCAAAUCUGCACAAAGUUUAAACAUAGAAGCAUUUAUUGUGAUCUAACAUUGAAGUUCUAUGGAUUGUCUGCCCCUGAAGGUUCAAUUGCUCAGAGCGUCUGUAGUCAGCAGAAGGCGAAUGCAUUGGCUGCUAGUUUUGUAUAUUCACCUGUUGGAGAGAAUCUAGACUGGAGGCUUUCGGCAACAAUAUCUCCUUGCCAUGUCACGGUCUUGAUGGAAAGCUAUAACCGCUUUCUGGAAUUUAUGAAAAGGAGCAAUUCUGUUAGCCCUACAGUUGCUUUUGAAACAGCAACUGCUCUUCAGAAUAAGAUAGAAAAGGCGACUCGUCGAGCUCAAGAGCAAUUUCAAACAGUGUUGGAGGAACAAAGCAGAUUCGCUCUAGAUAUUGACCUUGAUGCUCCAAAAAUUAGAGUUCCUAUAGGAGCACAUGCGUCAUCGAAGUAUGAUAGCCAUUUCCUUUUGGACUUCGGUAAUUUUACAUUGCGAACAGAGGAGGGGGAGCAUGAUAAUCAAGGACAAAACUUGUAUUCUCGUUUUCGUAUUUCUGGAAAGGAUAUAGCUGCCUUCUUUAUGGAUGGUGGUUCUGACAUCCAGACAAGUGACCAGGAAUCUCUGAGUCAUAGCAGUCAGCUUUCAGCAUAUCCUGUUGUGGACAGUGCUUGUCAUUCGUAUUCUCUUGUUGAUAGGUGUGGGAUUGUUGUUAUUGUUGAUCAGAUUAAAGUACCUCAUCCAUGCCAUCCGUCAACUCGUGUUUCUGUCCAAGUUCCUGCACUUGGUAUUCACCUUUCACCAUCCAGAUUGAGCCGGCUAAUGGCACUUUUGAAGGUCCUGUCUGGUACGAUAGAAAGUGGCACAAAGCUUGUAGAAAAUUGUCAAGCUGAACAUGCCCCAUGGAGUACCCCUGAUCUUGCAGCUGAGGUUCAAAUACUUGUUUGGAGGGGGAUUGGCUAUUCGGUUGCGUCAUGGCAGCCCUCGUUUCUUGUCUUGUCUGGAUUGUAUGUUUAUUCGUUGGAGUCUCGCACAUCCGAGAACUAUCAGCGUUGCUUUAGCAUGGCUGGUAAGCAAGUCUACGAAGUACCUUCGAACAAUGUUGGCGGUUCUUCAUCUUGUAUCGCAGUGUGUAUUAGAGGCAUGGACAUCCAAAAGGCUUUAGAGUCUUCUAGUACGUUGGUUGUAAAGUUCGCGAGUGAGAAGGAGAAAACUAGUUGGUUGAGAGGACUUGUGCAAGCAACCUACCGAGCUUCUGCUACUGCAUCAGUUGAUAUCCUUGGAAAGGAAGGUGAUCUUGUCACAGAACUUUCUGAACCUCGAUCUACUAAUACGAAGAUAGCUGAUGUUAUUGUUGAUGGAACCUUGGUGGAAACAAAGAUAUCAAUAUACGGAAAGGUGGAAACUGAGGUGCAUGAUGAAGUUGUGGAGGUUAAGAUGCUUGAGGUUCUUACUGUCGGAGUAAAGGUGUAUGUUGCAUCUUGUGAAGGGGACCUUACAGUCAAGAUGAAUUUGCACUUGUUGAAAAUCAAAGAUGAACUUCAAAAUACUUCGUCGAUUCCACAAUAUUUAGCUUGCUCUGUUCUAGAGGAGUACCAUUCAGUUGAUCCUAUUGGUACUAUAAAUCCUCCGGUGGAGGAGCUAUCAGGAGGCCUAGCCGAUGAUGAUGAUACUUUCACAGAUGCCUUGACAGAUUUCAUGUCAUUUGCCGAAUCUGGCGAAGCUUUUCAUGAGAAAGAUCAUAGAAAAGUAAGAGGUAAUUCUGGCGAUGUAUUUUAUGAGGCUGAAGGCAUUGAUGCAUCUGAUUUUGUAUCACUUACCUUCUCGAAACGGACUCGUCAAUCCCCUGAUUAUGAUGGUAUAGAUACUCAGAUGACCAUCCGCAUGUCAAAAAUAGAGUUUUUCUGCCACCGCCCCACUGUUGUUGCUUUAAUUGAAUUAGGCAUUGAUAUGGGCACUGCAAGUAGUGGGACAAGUGGUACCAGUACAUCAAAGGAGGAUGGUGAAACUAUAGUGCAGAAAGACAAGACUGAAGAACAUGGACAAGCAAAAGUUAAGGGAUUGUUGGGUCAUGGAAAAGAUCGUAUUGUAUUUUCCUUGAAAAUGAAUAUGGACAGUGUCACUGUAUAUUUUAACAAGGAGGAUGGCGUUCGACUUGCAAUGCUUGUGCAAGAAAGUUUCUUGUUGGAUCUUAAGGUUCACCCUGGUUCUAUAUCCAUUGAAGGUACAUUAGGGAAUUUUAGGCUGUGUGAUUCUUCGCUGGGUAUGGAUCAUCGUUGGGGAUGGCUUUGUGAUAUUCGUAAUCAGGGGGAUGAUUCCCUUGUCCAGUUCACGUUCAAGUCCUACAAUGCUGAAGAUGAUGACUAUGAAGGAUAUAAUUAUAGCUUGAGUGGCAGACUUUCCGCUGUUCGUAUUGUUUUUCUCAACAGGUUCAUUCAAGAGAUCUCGGCAUAUUUUGUGGCACUGGCUCCUCCCAAUUCAGAAGAAGCGUUCAAGUUUGUUGAUAAAGUUGGAGGCUUUGAAUGGUUGAUUCAGAAGUAUGAGUUGGAUGGAGCAGCUGCAUUGAAGUUGGACCUCUCAUUAGAGACUCCAAUAAUAGUAAUACCACGGAAUUCCAUGAGCAAAGAUUUCUUGCAACUUGAUCUAGGGCAUUUGUCGGUGAAGAAUGAAAUUAGUUGGUAUGGACCUCAGGAUGAUCCAGCAGCUAUCCAUCUUGACAUUCUUCAUGCGCGGAUUUUAGGAAUCAAUAUGGCUGUUGGAGUAAAUGGUUGUUUAGGAAAACCUAUGAUACGACAAGGCCGUGAAAUCCAUAUCUUUGUGAGGCGCAGCUUGAGAGAUAUUUUCCGGAAAGUCCCAAAUUUUGCCUUGGAAGUGAAGAUAGGCUCGUUGCACGCUGUGAUAUCUGACAAAGAAUAUAGUAUAAUUACCAGCUGUCUCGCCAUGAACAUGGGUGAAGAACCUAUGCUCCCUCCUAAUUUUCGUGAUACAAAUGCUGGUUCAUCGGAGACAAUACGGCUGCUGGCUGAUAAGGUUAACAUGACUAGUCAAGUUUUUUUGUCACGUUCAGUGAACAUAUUGGCAGUUCAGCUUGAUUAUGCACUGCUAGAGCUAUGCAAUGGUAUUCAAGAGGAUUCACCUUUAGCUCAUAUUACUGUGGAGGGCAUGUGGGCUUCAUAUCGAAUGACUUCUUUUUCAGAAAUAGAUCUAUAUGUCACAAUUCCCCGAUUUUCUAUUUUGGAUCUUCGUCCUGAUACCAGACCUGAAAUGCGGCUAAUGCUUGGGACAAGCACUGAUGUUCUUAAGCAAGCUUAUAAUAAACAAUCUUAUAAUAAAGCUGGAUUUGUAAGAGCUGAAACUAUGUCCCACGUGGAUGUACCACAUUCAACCAUGCUACUGAUGGAUCUCAGAUGGCGUUCAUCAUCUCAAUUAUUUGUGGUUCGGAUUCAGCUGCCUCGAGUUCUUGUUGUUCCAGAUUUCCUUCUUGCAGUUGGUGAGUUUUUUGUGCCAGCUUUGGGAGCAAUAACUGGCAAGGAGGAGGUGAUGGAUCCUAAGAACGAUCCAAUCAGUAAAGCCAACACACUAGUUCUAUCUGGUUCGCUGUACAAACAGACUGAAGAUAAGGUAAACCUUUCACCAAAUCGACAGUUGGUAGUAGAUGCUGCAGGAGUUGAUGACUAUACUUAUGAUGGUUGCGGAAAAACUAUAAUUUUGAAUGAGGAUCCUGAGCAGUUGCAAUCUUCAGAAUUCCGGCCCAUUAUUAUUGUUGGAAGGGGUAAAAGACUGCGGUUUGUGAAUGUGACCAUUAAGAAUGCUUUGCUCUUGACGGAGUACACAUACUUGAGUAAUGAUAGCAGUUUCUCAGUGUCCAGUGAAGAUGGUGUAGAGGUUGUGGCGCAGGACAGUUCUUCUUUUAUCAGUGAAAGCAAGAGCCUUGAUAAAGCUGAAAAACCGUCAUAUACCCCAAUUACUUCCAACACUAGUCAAACAGAAUCAACAAAGAAGCCAAGUUUGAGUUUCGAGGCCCAGGUUGUGUCUCCUGAGUUCACUUUUUAUGAUAGCAGCAAAUCAUCCAUUGAUGGUUCCUUCCAUGCUGAAAAGCUUCUUCGUGCAAGAAUGGAUUUGAGCUUCAUGUUUGCAUCCAAAGAAAAUGAUACAUGGAUUCGAGCUCUUCUCAAAGAUCUAACUGUUGAGGCUGGUUCUGGUCUUAGAAUUCUUGAUCCAGUGGAUAUCUCCGGGGGAUAUACUUCUGUAAAGGAUAAGACAAAUAUAUCUUUGAUUUGUACUGAUAUAUUUGUCCAUUUAUCUUUGAGUGCCAUUUCCCUUAUUCUUAAUCUACAAAGUCAGUUAGUUGCAGCAAUACGGUUCCAGAAUGCUGAUCCCUUGUCGCCUUGCACCAACUAUGAUCAAGUUUGGGUGUCUCCAAAAGCAAAGGGCCAUCAUAAUGCAAUUACAUUUUGGAGACCUAGAGCACCCUCCAAUUAUGUCAUUUUGGGAGAUUGUGUGACUUCCAGGCCCAUUCCUCCUACGCAAGCUGUUAUGGCCGUGAGUAAUACAUAUGGGCGUGUACGGAAGCCUCUUGGCUUCAAGCUUGUUGGCUUAUUCUCUAGUAUCCAGCAAUCAGAAAGAGUAGAAGAUGCUAAUUGUGACUGUUCUCUCUGGACACCUAUUGCCCCCCCAGGAUAUCUGGCUUUAGGGUGUGUCGCACAUAUUGGUAACCAACCACCACCUAAUCAUACUGUAUACUGCAUAAGGGCUGACCUUGCAACAUCCACAGCAUAUUCAGCAUGCAUGUUCAGUGCUUCUUCAAAUAACACAUAUCCAUCAGGAUUUAGCAUUUGGAGACUGGACAAUUUUCUUGGAUCGUUUUAUGCUAAUCCUUCUGUUAGCUGUCCAUCACAGGACAUAUGCUAUGAUCUCAGCCAUCUUCUUCUUUUGAACUCUAGUUGGCGUCGUAUGUCUGCAAGAGAAUCCAGGUCUGAUGUAAAUGUUGAUCGCAGCAGUACAGACCAACAAAGCAGUAACCAGGGUACAAGUUCGUCAGGGUGGGAUGUUCUCAGAUCAAUUUCAAAAGCUAGUUGUUACAUGUCAACUCCAAAUUUUGUGAGGAUCUGGUGGGACAAGGGUUCUGAUGCCCGUAGACCAGUCUCCGUAUGGCGUCCUGUAUCACGCCCUGGUUUUAAGGUUUUAGGCGACUGCAUAACGGAAGGUUUGGAGCCACCAGCCUUGGGAAUAAUAUUCAAGGCUGACAACCCUGACAUCUCUGCACACCCCGUCCAGUUCACUAAAGUUGCUCAUAUCAUUAUCAAAGGCCUGGACGAUGCCUUUUUCUGGUUUCCAAUCGCACCCCCAGGUUAUACUUCUAUGGGAUGCAUAGUUACUCGAAUAGAUGAGAUGCCAAAAUCGAAUUUGGUUUGCUGUCCAAGGACGGAACUUGUUAGCCAAGCUACUAUUCUUGAGAUGCCAAUAUCAAAAUAUUCAAGUUCAAAAGCAUCUCAAUGCUGGAGUAUCUGGAAAGUGGAUAAUCAGGCUUGCACCUUCCUUGCACGCCCGGAUCUGAAGAAGCCUUCCAGCCGACUGGCCUUCACUAUUGGUGAUUCUGUUAAACCAAAGACACGCGACAAUAUUAUGGCGGAAAUAAAAUUAAGAUGCUUUUCUGUAACUAUUAUUGACAGCUUGGGUGGAAUGAUGACACCAUUCUUUGACGUUACCAUCACAAACAUUAAACUUGCAACUCAUGGUGGAAUGGACUCUAUGAAUGCUGUGCUGAUAUCUUCGAUUGCUGCAUCAACUUUUAACACACAGUUAGACUCAUGGGAACCACUGGUGGAGCCAUUUGAUGGAAUAUUAAAAUUUGAGACAUAUGAUACCAAUGAGCAAUCGCAAUCAAGACUUGGAAAAAAAGCUCGGAUUGCAGCUACAAGUAUCCUUAACAUAAAUAUUAGUGCUGCAAGUAUUGAUACUCUUGCGGAAACCAUCAUUUCUUGGAGAAGACUGAGAGAACUCGAACAAAAGGCAAUCAAAUCAGAUGAGGAAACUAGCAGUCAUAAUGUUGGUGAAGAGGGUUCGGUUUUGGACGUGGACGAUUUCCAGACUGUGAUCAUAGAGAACAGACUUGGAUGUGACAUUUACGUGAAGCAGUAUGAGCAAAAUGAGCAAAAUGAGCAAAGUUCUAGUACAGUUAAACUUCUGGAGUAUGAAGAUAGUGCUUCCGUGUGGAUUCCACCUUCAAGGUACUCGGAUCGAUUAAAUUCUGUUGAAGAUUCGAGGGAGGGGCGAUGUUAUAUUGCAGUGCAGAUAAUUGAAGCCAAGGAUCUACCAAUUGUUGAUGAUGGAAAUAGUCAUAGUUUCUUCUGUGCACUCCGGCUUGUUGUUGAUAGUCAGGAAGCAAGUCAGCAGAGGCUGUUCCCUCAGAGUGCAAGGACCAGAUGCGUGAAGCCCUUGAUUUCCAAAGCUAAUGAUCUUGGCAGUGCUAGAUGGAAUGAACUUUUUAUUUUUGAAGUUCCUCGGAAGGGGUUGGCUAGGUUGGAGGUUGAGGUGACUAAUCUUGCAGCAAAAGCAGGAAAAGGUGAAGUUGUGGGUGCUUCGACAAUCUCUGUUGGACAUGGUGCGAAUCCCUUAAGAAAAGUGGCUUCAGCUAGAAUGUUGCAACAUGCAACUGAUGGUCAGAAAAAUGUCACACACCUGCUAACGAGGAGGGGUCAACAAAAGAAUGAUGAUUUGCUUUUUCAAGGAUGUCUUGUAGCUUCUACGGCCUAUUUUGAAAUGAAAACAAUUUCAAACCUCCAAAGUAGUUUGGAGGAGGAGAAAGAUGUUGAUAAUGAUGUGGGGUUUUGGGUGGGACUUGGCCCUGAAGGUGUGUGGGAGAGUUUUAGAUCAUUCCUUCCACUGUCGGUGAUCACUAGAAAGAUGGAUAAUGAUUUUAUUGCCAUGGAGGUAGUCAUGAAAGAUGGAAAGAAACAUGCAAUUUUGAGGGGUCUUGCAACCAUCGCAAAUGAUUUAAAUGUUAAGUUAGAUAUAAACGUCUGUUCUGCUUCUAGGAGUCAAGAUCCAUCUGCUGAUGAAGUUGGUGGUAAUAUUGUCGUAGAAGAGAUCUUUGAGAACCAGAAACAUAGUUCCAUUUUAGGUUGGGGUAUCAGGAGGCCUAGUUUCCGUGGGAAUGAUCCAGGGCGUUGGAGCAACAGAAAUUUUUCAUAUUCAACUAAUGAUUUCUAUGAACCACCACUUCCACCUGGAUGGACAUGGACGUCAGCUUGGAUGAUUGAUAAAUCGGAUUCUGUAGAUGUGGAUGGAUGGGCAUAUGCACGUGACUAUCAGAGUCUAUUAUGGCCUCCAACUCCUCAAAAUGCCUCAAAGUCGUCUCAAGACAAUAUACGCCGUAGACGCUGGAUCCGUACAAGGCAAAAAGAUACUGAGCAAGAGACAGCAAAUACUGGUUCUGUUAUCCGUGUCUUAGAACCUGGUUGUUCUGUUGUCUUGCCAUGGCGAUCUUUGUCCAAGGAUUCUGAUAGUUGCUUACAAAUUCGCCCAUCUGCUGGACAUCUUCAGGGGAUGUACACUUGGGGAUCCCCCGUUGGCUUAGUUACCAGCCCUGGUGGGACAAAGGACCAUUCUUCAAAUGAUCAGGGACAGCACUCUAGGGAAAAUUCAGUGAAACAAGGAAAAAAAAUGCUGAAUUCUUCAUUCAAGUUAAAUCGGCUUGAAAAGAUUGAUACACUUUGGUGUUGCUCUACAACUGAAGGUAAGCAAUUUUGGCUCAGUGUCGGUGCAGAUGCAUCAGUUCUCCAGACAGAGCUCAAUGCCCCUGUUUAUGAUUGGAAAAUAUCCGUCAAUGCUCCUUUGAAGUUGGAAAACCGACUUCCUUGUCCAGCACAGUUUACUAUCUGGGAAAAGUUGAACAAUGGAAAUGCAUCUGAAAGGCAGCGUGGCAUUUUAUCAUCACGUAGUAUUGAGCCAAUUUAUUAUGCUGAUGUCCGCAAUCCUAUUUAUCUUUCGUUGUCGCUACAAGGUGGAUGGAUGUUGGAAAAGCAGGAUCCUGUUCCUGUAUUGGAUCUUUCAUCUAAUAUUCAUGCUUCCUCAUUUUGGAUGAUCCAUCAGCAAAAGAAAAGGAGAUUGCGUGUGAGCAUCGAACGUGACAUGGGAGCAUCUGCAGCUUCCCCUAAUACUAUAAGGUUUUUUGUCCCAUAUUGGAUUAGUAAUGACUGCUCUGUGCCGCUUACAUAUCGAGUGGUAGAAGUCGAACCUUUAGAGAAUGCAGAUGCAGAUUCUUUGCUGACUACAAAAGCUUCCAAAUCUGGAAAAUUGAAGAAUCUUCCUAGUCUCGCCGAUGCAAAAUUGACUGGCUCAAGGAGGAAUAUCCAAGUCCUAGAAGCAAUUGAGGACACUGGUUCUACUCCCAGCAUGCUUUCUCCACAGGAUUAUGUCGGACAUGGUGGUGCUAUGCUGUUUUCAUCACGAAAUGAUGCAUAUCUUUCACCUCGUGUGGGUAUAGCUGUUGCUAUUCAGCAUUCUGAAAAUUUUAGCGCUGGAUUAUCACUUCUUGAGUUGGAAAAGAAGCAAAGAGUAGAUGUCAAAGCUUUUACUUCCGAUGGAUCUUACUAUAACCUUUCAGCUUUAUUGCACAUGACUUCGGAUAGAACAAAGGUUGUCCAUUUUCAGCCACACACCUUGUUUUUUAACAAGGCUGGCUUAAGCGUAUGUCUGCAGCAGUGUGAAACUCAGUCACUGGUUUGGAUUCAUCCUACCGAUGCUCCAAAUCAUUUUAGAUGGCAGUCAUCUGCCAAAGUUGAAUUAUUGAAGUUAAGGACUAAUGGAUACCAUUGGAGUACGCCAUUCAGUGUUGCAACUGAAGGCUGGAUGCGUGUUUCUUUGAGAAGUGAAACUACAGGCAAACGAUUGUAUUUGAAGGUUGAAGUAAGGAGUGGAACAACAAACUCGCGCUUUGAUGUCAUCUUUCGUACCAAUUCAUUUUCAAGCCAGUACAGGAUUGAAAAUCGUAGUAUGUGUUUACCCUUCCGUUUUCGGCAAAUUGAUGGUGAUGAUGAUUCAUGGCGUUGCCUUCUUCCUUGCACAACUGCUUCUUUUUCAUGGGAAGACCUUGGUAGACAAAGAAUCCUGGAAGUCCUGGUGGAUGACACCGACACUAAAGAGUCAACUAAGUACAAUAUUGAUGAGGUUCGAGAUUAUCAACCUGUUCAAGUGGAUGGGAGACCUACUAAAGCAGUGCGUGUUACUAUAGUGAAAGAAGAGAAAAUGAAUGUUGUUAUGAUGAGGGACUGGAUGCCAGACAACAACGAUCCCCAAGCGAGUGCCGAUAAAAAGAUUGCCUCAUCUUCAUCACAAACAUCUAGGAAUAAUCUUCAACCAUCAGUUUCCACCUCCGAUGGUGAAUUCCAUCUUACCCUUGAACUCACCGAGUUUGGAUUGUCCAUUAUUGAUCAUACACCCGAAGAGAUAUUGUACUUGUCAGUGCAGAACCUUCUUUUGUCAUAUUCAACUGGUUUGGGCUCCGGAAUCACUAGGAUCAAACUAAGAAUGCGUGGAAUCCAAGUCGACAAUCAGCUGCCUUUGACACCAAUGCCUGUGCUCUUUAGGCCACAAAGACUUGGAGUAGAGGCAGAUUAUAUAUUGAAAUUUUCUAUGACACAGCAAUCUGACGGAUCGUUAGAUUUUUGUGCUUAUCCUUAUAUUGGUUUGCAAGGACCUGAAAACUCCGCCUUCUUGAUAAGUAUUCAUGAGCCAAUCAUUUGGCGACUUCAUGGUAUGAUCCAGCAGAUUGAUUUUAGUAGAUUCAGUGAUAAUCAAACAACUGCUGUCUCGGUGGAUCCUAUCGUUGAAAUUGGUGUUCUAAACAUCUCAGAGUUUCGAUUUAAGUUCUCCAUGGCUAUGUCACCGACUCAGCGCCCUGUGGGUGUACUUGGGUUUUGGUCAUCCUUGAUGACAGCUCUUGGGAACACAGAAAAUAUGCCAAUACGGGUAAAUCAGAGAUUCCUGGAAAAUGUGUCUUUGAGACAAAGUGUUCUUACCACCAAUGCCAUCUCAAAUAUUACCAAGGAUAUACUAAGCCAGCCUCUUCAGUUACUCUCUGGUGUGGAUAUACUGGGAAAUGCAAGCAGUGCAUUUGGACAUAUGAGCAAAGGUGUUGCUGCCUUAUCAAUGGACAAGAAAUUUAUUCAAAGUCGCCAGAGACAGGAAAAUAAAGGUGUUGAAGAUUUUGGUGAUGUGAUCAGAGAGGGGGGAGGAGCAUUAGCAAAGGGCCUAUUUCGAGGAGUUACGGGUAUUUUAACAAAGCCUUUAGAAGGUGCCAAGGCAUCUGGCGUGGAGGGUUUUGUUCAGGGUGUUGGUAAAGGGAUAAUAGGGGCAGCUGCACAACCUGUGAGUGGAGUCCUAGAUUUGUUAUCUAAAACAACUGAAGGUGCUAAUGCAAUGAGAAUGAAGAUUGCAGCUGCUAUAACUUCAGAAGACCUUCUUCUCCGCAGAAGGCUGCCUCGAGUUAUCGGUGGUGAUAAUUUGCUUCGACCAUAUGAUGAGUACAGGGCACAGGGACAGGUAAUACUGCAGCUUGCAGAAUCAGGGUCGUUCUUUUUACAGGUGGAUCUGUUUAAAGUCCGUGGAAAGUUUGCCUUAUCAGAUGCUUACGAAAACCAUUUUUCACUACGUAAAGAGAAGAUACUUCUUGUGACACAUCGAAGAGUUAUACUCUUACAAACAUCCAACCUUAUACCACAAAAGAAAUUCAAUCCAGCUAGAGAUCCAUGCUUGGUGCUGUGGGAUGUUCUGUGGGAGGAUCUAGGGACCAUGGAACUAACUCGUGGAAAGAAAGAUGGAGCAAAUGCACCUCCAUCGAAACUUAUCCUAUACUUGAAAUCAAAAUCAUCAGAGAACAAUGAUCAUACUCGUGUUAUAAAAUGCUACCGUGAUACCAAACAGGCAAGUGAGGUUUAUUCCUCGAUUGAGCAAGCAAUGAAAACAUUUGUGCCAAACCAGCCGAAGGAAAUUCAUAAAAGGAAAGUGAAAAGACCAUAUUCGGGAACGGGUGAUGUUUCGACUGCUGAAGCAGUUUUAAAAGAACGUGGAUGGUUUAUAGAGCAGGUUCCUGCAUCGGUUCCACAGAAUCCCAUCUUUGGUACCAGUGCUAGUAGUCAUCAUUAAACACGAAAACCGUGGAUGGAUUAGCUCAUGUCGACAAGGGGGUUUGCAUUGAGAUAAUAAUGUGAAAUUGAGAGAAGGUGAAGAUGGAGAUGGAGACAUAAUGAGAGGUUUGGGGAUGCAGUCAAAUCACAAGCAUAUCCAAUCCAUGAUAGCAAGCAAGUAAAUGCAAUGGUGGUAUAGAUGCAAAGCAAAUAUUUGUAUGUCAUAGAUUUACUGGUACAACUGUUACUACUACUGUACAGAGAAGAAAUUACCUUCUGUGUAGAUUGAUUGGUUAUCAGAUGAUGAUGUAUAGCAAAAUAUCAACUAGAGAGAGAGAGAGAGAGAGAAAUCUA